AGGCCGUCCUGAUCGUGUACGAUACGCUUGAACCUCGACGUUCCUACAGAGGAAUAUAAAAAAAAAACAACAGGACCAGUCGCGGAGGAUUACUGUUCUACUCUACGGUUCUCUUGCACUCCGCUAGUCGGACAAGAGGUGUUUGGACCAAGGCAAAGAAGUUGCCAUGCUGGCGUCUAUGCCACCGAUGGAAACGUUGCGGCCCAGAUCGAGGACGGACAACUUGGUGCGCCGGCCUUCUGCGGAGGAUCUCGAUGCGGCUCGCCAGUUGGUUUCUUCCGCGCGGGGUGGGCGUGAGCACUCAGCUGAUCCGCAGAGAGAAGGCAGCUAUGUCAAGAGCGAUGACUGGGCCGCAGUCAACAAGCGCGAUCCUCCAAUCGAGAUGGAUCUGAGGCCGGAUGGCACCAGAGAUGAUGCCGCCGCCCAUACCGCUAAUGGGUCCUCAGCGACCAGGCGAUCGCCCAAAUCGCAAGCCAAGGAUGCGUCCUUUCUUGGCCACUCUUGCAGCAACUGUGGUACAAAGAACACCCCAUUAUGGCGGAGGUCUCCUACCGGGGCGAUGAUCUGCAACGCCUGUGGUCUCUAUCUCAAAGCUAGAAAUGUCCAGCGACCUACGAAACGGAAUCGUCUCCAACCUGCCGCUGCAUCAUCGCAGGGCCCUCGAUCGCGCAAGAGUCUCUCGCCUGGUCCUCAACCGGCGCCCGGUGUGCAAGAAGCUACGGCGGCCGCAGCUGACGGGGCCUGUAAUGGUUCGUGUCCCGGCGGUGGAAACUGUAACGGCACAGGGGGUGCGGAGGGGUGCGAGGGAUGUCCUGCGUACAAUAACCGAGUCUACAAGUCCGCUCAGCGAAUUGCUGCGGCUGGCCAGGCAUGGCCCACGCCUAGCAACCAGGAGGCAGAUAAGCCGGCUGCGUCGCCGGCCGUCGAUACCUCUCUCAACGAUGCGAGUCCUGGUCGAGAUAGCUCGAGUCUACUGGUCGCAUGCCAGAAUUGUGGGACGACAGUGACGCCGCUUUGGCGAAGAGACGACCAGGGCCAUCCUAUCUGCAACGCGUGUGGUCUCUACUAUAAGCUCCAUGGCUGCUAUCGGCCGACGACGAUGAAGAAGACUAUCAUAAAGCGGCGAAAACGCGUUGUGCCUGCGCUGCGGGACCAGUCUCCGACAGCGGCGACGCAGUCAUCCAACGGAUCUUCUGCCUCACCCGAAGCCUCGCCGGUUGUUCCCGCCCACUUCCACGACGAGCAGCGCAGACAUCUGAGCAGCGAGCAUCUCAACGAUUCUAGAGCGGCCCCCGUUGGCCCGCGACCGUACACUCUAGCACCUCCUCCGGUGGAUUUUACAGGGUAUAAUUCCAAUCUGGUCUCCCUUCCCCAUCACCCACCACCUCCCCCAAGACUCUUGGAGCCCGACAGAAUGAGCGCGCCGAGUCAGUCUCCCAACUCUCAGUAUCCUGCACGGUCCGUCUCUCCCCGACCGGGGGCGCUGCACGAUCCCACGAGCAACCCGAAAAAGCGAACGAUCGCUGAAGCCGCCUCUUCUGGCGAGCCAACGUCGGUGCCGACGACCUUGGAAAGCGGUUCGAAUCAAUUGCCUCCCAUCAUGUCCUCGGGGAAUACGGCACCUCCAGGUCGUCUGAGUUCGAUCUCUUCUCUGCUCAAUCAUGCGGGUGCGGGCGACGAAGCUCGCCUGGAUUCUGCGCUGCCUCCGAUGAACCGCCAGCCACAGCUUCCGCAAUCGUCUCCCAGUUCGCUGCGGAACGUGAGCGAGAGCUACAAAGCAGAACGCCGCGCCCAACUCCAGCGCGAAGCAGAAGAGAUGCGACAGGCACUGCGGGCUAAGGAGCGAGAACUGGCUGAACUGGAUCAGCUAUAGGUCUUUUUUCUUUGAUACCAAUUCGACGUCAC